UGGCCUUUUCCUGUUCACGCCUGUACGGACGAAGACGUGAAUGUAAGUUGUAAAAUAGGAAUUACCAUUACGACGAGACAGUUUCGUGCCGAGGCAGUGCAAAUUGAUAUUGUCGAGUGGUUCAGAGCAGCCAGGAACCGCGAGUGAUCGUACAGAUAAACAUGGAUGAGAAAGAAGUAUUCGACGACAUGGUGGUGGCAACCACAAAUACAUUGCCAGUAGCAAUGCCAGCUGAACUACCUGAGAUCAAGUUGUUCGGACGCUGGAAUUGUGAUGAUGUACAAGUAAAUGACAUGUCUUUACAAGAUUACAUCGCUGUGAAAGAGAAGAAUGCCAAGUAUCUUCCCCAUUCAGCAGGACGUUAUGCAGCAAAACGUUUUCGCAAAGCUCAGUGUCCCAUUGUGGAACGUCUCACAAAUUCUCUUAUGAUGCAUGGCAGAAACAACGGAAAGAAAUUGAUGGCUGUGCGAAUUGUGAAACAUGCCUUUGAAAUUAUUCACCUUCUUACUGGCGAGAAUCCUUUGCAGGUUCUUGUCACAGCCAUCAUUAAUUCUGGGCCAAGGGAAGAUUCUACGCGUAUUGGACGUGCUGGUACAGUAAGGAGACAAGCUGUGGAUGUAUCUCCCUUACGUCGUGUUAAUCAAGCUAUUUGGUUGUUGUGUACUGGCGCGAGAGAAGCCGCAUUCCGCAACAUCAAAACAAUCGGCGAAUGUUUAGCCGAUGAACUUAUCAACGCCGCUAAAGGAUCCUCAAAUUCUUAUGCAAUUAAGAAGAAAGACGAACUGGAGCGCGUUGCCAAAUCGAAUCGAUAAACAUAACUCUCAAUAUUGGAAAAAAUAAACGUUCUAUCUUUAAAGUA